AUGGUUGAUUUGGCCGGCGGUUUAUUGGCGACCAAGCCCACAGCGGAGGCCCAGCCGACCGGGGCCAGGGCCAGGAUGAAGAGGAAGGAGGCCACCAGCAUGUCGUCGGAGGCCGAUGACUACCAUGACCAUGAACUAAAGAAGAAGGAGGCCAGCCCAUCGGAGGACGACGCUACCGCCCUCAAGAAGGAGGGUGAUAGCUUGUUCAAGGAGGGUGAGAUGCUGAAGAUGAGGGAGGAGUUAUGGGAGGCGGAGCGUCUAUGGAGGGAGAAGCUUGUCCCGGGGGGCGUUGGAUCGCUGGUUGAAGAGGAAGAAGACCACGCAGAACUCUCUGACGAGGAGAUGGCCAAGUGUCCUAAGGAAUACCGCCAAAUGUAUGCCAUUAACAAGGUCAUCAAUGCUAAGAACCUCGCAUAUUAG